AUGGCUGCUGCUAGGGAAAAGCUGCAAGAAUUGCAAAGGGAAAUCACCUGUGGUGUCUGUCAGAGCUACUUCUCUGAGCCAGUCACCAUUGGGUGUGGGCACAGCUUUUGCCGAGCAUGUCUCUCCUUGAGCUGGAGAGCUGGAGCUGGAGCUUUCUCUUGUCCCGAAUGCAGGCAAGUGCCCCAGGUCAAAGAAUUCCCAGCAGUCAACAGGCGCCUAGCACAGCUGACUGAGGUGGGCAAAGAGCUCAGCGGCCAGCUUCUGCAGAGUGCUGAAGGACAGAGCCAGUGUGCCACUCACAAGCAAGUCCUCAAGCUCUUCUGUGAAGAUGACCAGACAGCCCUGUGUGUGAGAUGUUUGCAAAGCUCAGAGCAUGGGGCUCACAUGCUCUCUCCUGUAGAAGAGGCUGCUCCCAAAUUCAGGGAGAAGCUCCAGCACGUCCUGAGUCAGGUGGAGAAGCAUUUUGAAGAAGCUGCAACACGUCUCGAUCAGGAGGAAAGACCUGCUGUCGACAGUCGGAUGAUCACUUUGGAAUACCGCAGACUACACCAAUUCCUGAUGGAGGAAGAAUCCAGAUGUCAUGAAAGGAUAAGGCAAGAGCAAAAUGCACGCCAGGACAUGAUCUGCCAGUAUCGAAAAAGGCUUCAGACGGUCGUGGUGGAUCUGCAGGAAGCAAGUCACCAAGCCAAUGUGGACCUGCUACAGGAUGCCAGGCAGCUGCUGGCAAGGAGUGAGUCAGUGUUGUCCCAAAGGGCCGAGGCUCUCAGCCCCGAGAUGAGAGAAUAUCCCAUCCCUGGCAUGAUAGAGAUGCUGAACAGAUUCAGAGUGGACAUCACCAUGGAUCCUAAAUCAGCCAGUCCCUGUGUGACAGUUUCUGAGGAUCUCAAGAGUGUGAAGGCUGGAGAAGGCUGGAAGGUGGGCCCCGAGCAUGCUAAAUGCUUUCCCUGCCAUGGUGUGAUUGCUGAGCAGGCCUUCAGCUCAGGCAGACAGUACUGGGAGGUGGAUGUGAGCCAACUACCUCAAUGGGUACUGGGAAUCUAUACCUCCUAUUUGAGGAGAAAAAGGAGGAGGAAUGUGGACUCCUUCAACUCUGUGUUCCUGCUUUGCUUCUUCAAGAAAGAAGAUGAUUACUGUUUGCAAACAUAUCCAGGAUCACUGAUGCAUCGAGUGAAAGGGCCUGUGCCCAGAGUUGGGGUGUUCCUGGAAUAUACCGCUGGCACCCUUGCCUUUUACAAUGUUCUGCAACACUCCCUCAUUUACAGCUUCCAGUCUAUUCCCUUUACAGCACCUGUCUCACCCAUCUUUUCUCCUGGCCCGCCACUUCCAGGAACCAAGGCUGGUCCUAUGACUCUCUGUCCAGUGGACUCUCAUCUGGGGGCUUGCUGCUAUUCCUCCAGGGAGGGAUCCUGA